CUCGGUGUGGACAGAGCCAGACAAGGUCUCUGAGCCACAGGUUGCAGGCUCAUGGCAACCGUGAAACUGAACACACUGGCAGACUAGUUGAAGGGGCCUAACUCCAGGCCCUGUGGAGCUUCACUUGCUCAGACACGGCCACCCUUCACUUCAGAAAGACGAUGACGUAACCACUUCCGAGAGUCUCUGAGCGGAAGUGACGCACCACGUCCACAACAACAAGAGGCUGAAAACACGGAAGUGGACGGCUGUCACUAAUCUGUUUACCAGGCCGAGACGAGACCCGCUCAGAACCGAACCCGCUCUGCGAAGACACGGAGAAGCAGAAUCUCGAGACGAAGCCAGAACCAGUACGAACCACAGACAUGAACAACAAAGGUUCGUACCCUCAGCAGAGCGUGUACCCUCAGCAGAGCUCUGCGGCUGCGUACCCUCCUGCUAUGCAAAUGUCUCCUCAGGCUCCGCCCUACUCUGACACUCCCCCCGCCUACUCUGAGAUCUACCAGCCCAGGUACAUGCUUCCCCCGCAGGUGAGCGGUCAGGUGCCUCAGAUGUCCUCGCACUACCCCGGAGCUCAGGUCUACAUGCCCAUGCAGCCGCACAUGCAGGUGGCGCCGGUGGGACAGAAUGUUCCCAUGGCCUACUACUCCAUGGGUCCUGUCUACCCACCGGGCUCCACGGUGAUGGUUGAGGGGGGCUUUGACGCCGGCGCUCGCUUCACAGCAGGCAGCAGCGUGUCCAUCCCUCCCCCUCCCCCGGGUCACCCCCCAAACGCCGCCCAGCUCGCUGCCAUGCAGGGCGCCAACGUGAUGAUGACACAGCGCAAGAACAACUUCUUCCUGGGCGGCUCCAGCGGAGGCUACACCAUCUGGUAACACCAACUGCACCCGCUCCACGUAAGCCCCACCCCCUCCCCUCUCCUGCGCCUCCGCCGGGCCGCCGCCCGCCAC